AUGGGAUUUCUUUUAUUAAAAUCGUUCGUGUUGAGUGGAUUUUUAUUAUUUGUUAUAGUGUACGAUACGGUGUUUAGUGAAGAUUCAGAGGUGAUAACGGCAGGGGAAACUGCCGGCAUCGACUACUCCGAUUUAGCUGGUGAAGCGGAACGCCACAAACACGACUUAUUGAACUUUUUGAAUCAAAGUCGUGUCCAGGCGCAGUACAAACUUAUGUACAAAUGUCUGCUGGCUAAACUACUCGGUUCUACCCGGCGCAUAGUAUCUGGACGUAACACAUCAAUAGCUGCCGUUCCCUGGCAAGUUUCUCUCAGGGAAAAGACUUACCCCAUAUGCGGUGGGUCAGUGGUAACAGACCUGUGGAUGAUCACCGCUGCCCAUUGCUUGCUCAGAGCUCGUUCUAGCGAUCUGAGCGUUCGACUUGGUUCUUCUUGGAAAACGCACGGUGGAGAAAUGUACGAUGUGAAGGAAUGCGUCGUGCACCCUAAAUAUAUCAGCAAAACAAAAAUCAACGACGUGGGACUCGUGAGGCUGUAUUCCCCACUUAGGUUCUCAGGGAGAGUGCUGCCCAUAAAGCUAGUUUCGAGAGAAGCAAAGCUGCCAGCAGAUGUACCAGCAAUAGUCUCUGGUUGGGGUAAAUUGAAGGAAAGUGGUCCUAGCGCCACCUUUCUCCAAUCAUCAACAAUAAAAACCAUUGCCAUGAAGUUAUGCAAAAGGUCUGGAUUAGACCGGGGGGCUAUAGACCCACCAUCUAUGUUUUGUGCUGGCUCCUUUGCUCAACCAUCUCCAGAUGCUUGCCAGGGCGAUAGCGGUGGUCCGAUCGUGAGUGACGGCGUCCUGAUCGGCGUGGUGUCGUGGGGCCUCGGCUGCGCCCGCGGCAACUUCCCCGGGGUCUACACGCGUCUGGCGCACAGCGUCGUCUGGGAUUGGGUACAACAACAUAUAGCACAAAAAUCACUUCCCGCUAAUCAGACUGAAAAACUAGUAUAG